CAGGCUAGGGCUGUGAGGAGAGCUCACUGACUGAAAUGUACUGAGAACGUGUGUUGAGAGAUGCAUGCGAUAUUCGUAUUGGUCGUCUUUAUUAUUCCACAAUUAUUUUUUUGACGUGACCCUUGUUGUGGUUGGCCACAUUCAGCCAUGAAAGUCUGUGACAGGCCAAUGCAGAAAACAGCGCGCGGCUCUCCCUGACACGAGCGGCUCCGGCGGGAGGAGACCGACAUGGCGGCGGUGGAGGUGGCGGGGCCGUGUUCUGGGCGCAGGGAGAAAAAAAAAAAAAAAAACGAGACACAGAGGAGGAGGAAGAGGGGGAGGGGAUGGCGACUCUCGCCUCCUCAUACUCCCGGCGGGAGAGCAUUGCAAGCUUCACUGCACGACUGCCCCCCCUCCCCGCUGCCGGUCAUGUGACCUUAACGUAACCGGACAGGAAAGCACCGACGGUUUUUUUUUUUCUCGUCGCUCUGUUCCAGCCCGCCUCUCGGAGAGGAAGACAAGACGGAGGAGGAAGCGGAGCUCUGAGACGCACGGCUGAGGCUCCAUUGAAGCAAGAUGGAUUUGGCCAAUCAUGGACUUAUACUUCUGCAACAGCUAAAUGCCCAGAGAGAAUUUGGGUUUCUCUGUGACUGCACAGUAGCCAUUGGUGAUGUUUACUUUAAGGCACACAAGUCGGUCCUUGCAUCAUUUUCCAACUAUUUCAAGAUGCUCUUUGUUCAUCAAACAAGUGAAUGCGUACGUUUAAAAUCAACAGACAUCCAGCCAGAUAUCUUCAGCUAUCUUUUACACUUGAUGUAUACUGGAAAAAUGGCCCCUCAGCUUAUCGAUCCUGUGCGCCUUGAGCAAGGCAUAAAGUUUUUGCAUGCCUUUCCUUUAAUACAAGAGGCCAGCCUUGCAAGUCACGGUGGAUUUUCUCAUGCUGAUCAGGUUUUCCCACUUGCAUCUUCUCUCUAUGGUAUCCAGAUUGCAGAUCAUCAGAUCAGGCAACCAACAAAGGUUACCACUGCAGCUGAGAAGACUACCCGAGAAACUCGACCACAAACCUCAAGGUUGACUCAGGAAACCUCAUCAGACAAUGUACAGUUAAAUCAACUUCCGUCUUCAUUGCCAGCAGCAAACCGGACAAAUUUAACUUUUUCUGAGCAAGUGCAUGCGCCAUUGUCUCCGGAGCCUACCUCUUCUGUUCCUGCUCCUUCUGCGCUGGAAGAAAAUAGCAUGGAUGAGUCGCCAAGCGAGGAGCAAAAUACAUCCCUCACAAUCGCUCACGUCAAACCAAGCAUCAUGAAGAGAAAUGGAAGCUUCCCCAAAUAUUAUGCCUGUCACUUGUGCGGUCGCCGUUUUAACUUAAGGAGCAGUUUGCGUGAACACCUUCAGCUUCACACAGGAAUGCCAUUUAGCGCCACAGCUGGGCAGACAGAGGCCAGUGUCUCCCCUUCCUUCUGUAAUAAUGGGUCAGAGCUAGGGAAGGAAUCCAUGGAGACAACAGAGACUGGCAUGAUGAGUGACAGUGAUAUGGCUCAGAUCUCAGACUCGCCGAUAAUAGAUGGUCAGCAGCAGGCUGAGACCCCGCCACCGUCCGAUAUUGCAGAUAUAGAUAACUUGGAGCAAGCCGACCAAGAAAGAGAAGUGAAACGUCGAAAGUAUGAGUGCACUAUCUGCGGGCGUAAGUUUAUCCAGAAAAGCCAUUGGAGAGAGCACAUGUACAUCCACACGGGCAAACCAUUCAAGUGUAGCACCUGUGACAAGAGUUUCUGUAGGGCCAACCAAGCUGCUAGACAUGUAUGCCUAAAGAGUUCUGACACCUACACGGUGGUCGACAAGCAGACUUUGGAACUGUGUUCAUUUGAUGAAAGCAGCCAGUUAGACAACAUGCUACAAACAAAUAAACGUUACAAGUGCAACUUGUGUGACAAAACGUUUUCCACGCCUAACGAUGUGGUAAAACAUACAUGCCAAGGUCAAAACUCAGAUGUCUUUGCUCUUGAAGAUGAAGGAAAGUCAAUCUUGUUAAGUAGUGGGGACUCAGAACCAGCAGACAGUGAGCAUUCUAUGCUAGCAACUAUUAAAAAAGAGCAAGAAUCUGUGCUUGAUUAGCUUUUCUGGUUGUGUACAUAUUAUAAAUAUAUAUAAUUUCCUACUGUGUACAUUUUUUUUUUUUAAACCUAGAGAAUUUGUAAUUUCUUUGUCAUUUCUAUCUCCUCCAUCCCUUUUACCUUACCGCUUUAUUUUAGUUUUGAGAUAAUAUGCAGAACCCUGAGAAACAGUUUGGUUUAAAAGACCAAUUGUUUUUUUUUUUUGUAUUAGGCAUUGAUUUUUUUUUUUUUUAUAUACAAAUUGUUUGUUUGUCCAAAGGAAACUGGAACAAUGUAAUGGCUUCCCUGAUGUCAGUAGAACUACUGAAAUUUAAGCUCCUUUUUUUUUUUCUUUUAGAUAAAUGUUUUGAAAAGUAUCUGUGAAUAUUGGGGGUAAGAGAAGUUUAAAUAAAUAUAAAUACUUACCAUGUUUUAA